GCUCCCGCCCCGCUCCGCCAUCAUGAAGUCCUGAACAAAAAAACGGAUGAGAGCCGAGCAAAAAUGGGGAUAAAACGGAGCGGAGAGGCAGCUCGCCGACAGCGUUAGCUGAAAUGUCACUGCCAAUCGGAGUAGGGAGCGGAGUGGCGGGUUUUAAUGAGCCGGUCUCCCGCUGAACGACGUCCUCUAUCAGCUCCGGCCGUUGACGUUAUUCGGUUAGCCGCUGUGCUAACAGCAGCCCCGGAGCCUUGGCCCUGAUUAUUCUCCCCAUUUUCUGCGCUCGUGGGUUAGCUGGCGGGCGGCAGUCAGCUGGCUCCACUCAUGUCAAGUAGCAGAAAGCUACUGGGAGCACCGGGAUGGCCGGGGGUUUAGCGACAACCGCGACGGGCAGACGGAAUGUGGGCUGUUCGUGUUGAAUAGACACCAGAGCCGAGGAGGAGAAGGGAGGACAGGGGAGGGAGAAACCAAGAUUUUCCUGCCAGGCCAGUCAGCUAGCUCCAGGGCUAGCUACAGUGGAUCCCAACAACCACGGCGCUGGCCAUGCCGUCGAGUGUGCGGGCCGGGAGCCUGAAGGACCCGGAGGUGGCGGAGCUGUUCUGCAGGGAGGACCCCGAGAAGCUCUUCACCGACCUCAGGGAGAUCGGCCAUGGGAGCUUCGGCGCCGUCUACUUUGCCCACGACAUCCGCACCAAUGAGGUGGUGGCGAUCAAGAAGAUGUCCUACAGCGGCAAACAGUCCAAUGAGAAAUGGCAGGACAUCAUCAAGGAAGUGAAGUUCCUCCAGAAGCUGCGCCACCCGAACACGGUGGAGUACAGAGGCUGCUACCUGAGAGAGCACACUGCCUGGCUGGUGAUGGAGUACUGUUUGGGUUCAGCCUCCGACCUGCUAGAAGUCCACAAGAAACCCCUCCAAGAGGUGGAAAUAGCUGCCAUUACCCACGGUGCUUUGCAGGGACUGGUCUACCUUCACUCUCACAACAUGAUUCACAGGGAUGUGAAAGCAGGAAACAUCUUGCUAACAGAACCGGGUCAGGUCAAACUGGGAGACUUCGGCUCUGCUUCCAUUGUUGCUCCGGCCAACUCCUUCGUGGGAACACCUUACUGGAUGGCCCCUGAGGUGAUCCUCGCCAUGGACGAGGGACAGUACGACGGGAAGGUGGAUGUGUGGUCACUUGGCAUUACCUGCAUAGAGCUGGCGGAGAGGAAGCCGCCGCUGUUCAACAUGAAUGCUAUGAGUGCCUUAUACCACAUCGCCCAGAAUGAGAGCCCCGUGUUGCAGUCGAAUCACUGGUCGGAUUAUUUUCGCAAUUUUGUGGACUCCUGUUUGCAAAAGCUGGCGCAGGACAGACCUACCUCUGAUGUGCUGCUGAAGCACCAUUUCCUAUGCAGGGAGCGUCCCAUGACGGUGGUGAUGGAUCUGAUCGCGCGAACCAAGGACGCCGUCCGCGAGCUCGACAACCUGCAGUACCGCAAGAUGAAGAAAAUCCUGUUUCACGAGGCUCACAACGGUCCGGCACCGGAAGGAGGGGAUGAGGAAGAGGAUGUGGAAGGGUACAUGCUGCGCACCGGCACAGUGAACAGCAUGGAGAGCUCCCACUCCCUGCCCUCCAUGUCGAUCAGCGCCAGCUCCCAGAGCAGCUCCGUCAACAGCCUGGCCGACGGCUCGGACGACAGCGGCGAGAUGGCCAUGAUGCAGGAGGGCGAGCACACCGUCACCUCCAACAGCUCUGUCCUGCACAAACCUCUGAGCCACGACAACAUCUACGACGAUCCCUAUCAGCCAGAGGUCGACUCUCAACGAGAAGCUUCGUCUGGCGGCGGAGGAGGGGGAGGCGGUGGCAGACGGCGACGGCGAGACCACUUUGCCACCAUCAGAACCGCCUCGCUGGUGACCCGUCAGAUCCAGGAGCAUGAGCAGGGCUCGGCUCUUAGGGAGCAGAUGUCUGGGUAUAAACGGAUGCGGCGGCAGCAUCAGAAGCAGCUGAUGGGUCUGGAGAACAAGCUGAAAUCAGAGAUGGACGAGCACCAACUGAGGUUAGAUAAGGAGCUGGAGAACCAGAGGAACAAUUUCUCCAUGGAGCUGGAAAAACUGUCGAAGAAGCACCAGGGUGUCCUGGAGAAAGAGAUGAAGGCCGUCCUGACGGAGGAGAAGAAGUUCCAGCAGCACAUUCUGGGUCAGCAGAAGAAGGAGCUGACCAGCCUGCUGGAUUCCCAGAAGCGACAGUACCGACAGCGCAAAGAGCAGCUGAAAGAGGAACUGAACGAGAACCAGUCGACGCCAAAGCGAGAGAAGCAGGAAUGGCUGGUGCACCAGAAGGAGUGCAUGCAGCAGCUGCAGGCGGAGGAAGAAGCCGGCCUGCUACGGAGGCAGCGGCAGUAUUAUGAGCUGCAGAGCCGCCAGUACAAGAGGAAGAUGCUGCUCGGACGCCACAACCUGGAGCAGGAUCUGCUCAGAGAGGACCUGAACAAGAAGCAGACCCUGAAGGACCUGGAGUGCGCCAUGCUGCUGCGGCACCACGAGUCGACGCAGGAGCUGGAGUUCCGGCAGCUGGGCGUGGUGCAGCGGACGCGCGCCGACCUGAUCCGCACGCAGCACCAGACCGAGCUCACCAACCAGAUGGAGUACAACAAGCGGCGCGAGCAGGAGCUGCGGCAGAAACACGCCAUGGAGGUCCGCCAGCAGCCCAAAAGCCUCAAAUCCAAAGAGCUCCAGAUAAAGCGCCAGUUCCAGGACACCUGUAAGAUCCAGACCCGGCAGUACAAGGCCCUGCGGAACCACCUGCUGGAGAACACGCCCAAGUCGGAGCACAAGGCGGUUCUGAAGCGGCUGAAGGACGAGCAGACCCGGAAGCUGGCCAUCCUGGCCGAGCAGUACGACCACUCCAUCAACGACAUGCUGUCCACUCAGGCCCUGCGGCUGGACGAGACGCAGGAGGCGGAGUACAAGGUGCUGCGGAUGCAGCUGCAGCAGGAGCUGGAGCUGCUCAACGCCUAUCAGAGCAAAAUCAAGAUCCACACCGACACGCAGCACGAGAGGGAAGUGAAGGACCUGGAGCAGAGGGUGUCCAUCCGCCGCGCCCUGCUGGAGCAGAGGAUCGAGGAGGAGAUGUUGUCCCUGCAGAACGAGCGCUCUGAACGCAUCCGCACCCUGUUGGAGCGGCAGGCCAGCGAGAUCGAGGCCUUCGACUCGGAGAGCCUCCGCCUGGGCUUCAGCAACAUGGCGCUGACCGGCGUGCCCGGCGACGCCUACGCCAAGCAGGGCUACUCCAACGCCCAGCCGUCCGGCUCCCGCUCCGCCGGCCACUGGAGCCACGGCGUGCACCAGCAGAACAUGUCGUCGCAGCAGCUGUCCCGCCGCAGCCACAACAGCAGCAGCAGCAGCGGCAUCGGCAGCGGCGCCAGCGACCGGAGGAGCGAGUCGUCCUCCUCUUCCUCCCACGGUUUAGGGAUGGCUCUGGGGCACGGGCGGGACGGCAGGGACAUGCACCACUCAUCCCGCUCCUCCGCCUCCUCUUCCUCCUCCUCCUCCUCGUCUUCCUCCCACCACCAGCGCCACCACCUGCCGCAGCACUACCACCACCAGAGCACGCCGCAGCUCUACCGGGAGCGGGAGAGAGAGCGGGAGAAGGAGAGGGAGCGGGAGUGGGCCGGAGUGCGAGGCUCCGGCGGUGACCUGGCCCACCCACACCCCCUGCCCUUCUCCCAUCACCUCCCGUCUCGCUCCUCCUCCCAGUCCCUGGCCAUGCUUCCUCCUCCUCCACCGGCUCCACCCUCCAUCUCCGGCCCUUCGUCCUCCUCGUCUUCCUCUUCCUCAUCGCAAGGCGGGAUAUACGGAGGCGGAGGGCUGGCGGUUCGCGGUACCCCCAACCUGAUGGCCCUGAGGAACAGCCCCCAGCCGCUGAGGAGGACGGCGUCCGGCGGCGGGCCUGGAGGCGCCGGCGGCAGCGACGGCGUCCUGAGUCGAAGCACCUCGGUCACGUCGCACAUCUCCAACGGCUCCCACCUCUCCUACUCUUAGGAGGCUUCAGAGGUGCGGCAGCGAUGAAGGUGAAGGUGUCUAUCACAGGCUGCGUCUCUAUAGAUAGUUCCCACAAGACCCGACCAGAAGAAAGUUACCCCAGAAAGCCGCCAUAUUGGUAGGCAACCGGUCAACAGUAGUUGUGUUUCCAUUACAAAUGUGGGCACAAAUUUGUCGAUAUUAUGGUGAUAUUUAAUAAAACACAAUGUCACGACAGCGACGUUUCUCUUAAAUAUGAAAUUACAUUAAAAUAGACGUUCUAAUGACACAGCUUUUUCUGAACUGUGCGAUGCAAAAAAGCCCCAAAAUAAAUCCUCCUCCUACCGCUUUCUGUCGUCGUCUUCAACGUUUCCUCCAGUCAUAACAUCCAAUAUUCAUCACAAAAGUCGUCUGAUGCACAAAAUAUUUUCAUUGCAGUUUUCGAAAUACAUCUAUUUCAAUAAAGCAAAAAAAAAGUGUUUCUAGAAACAACCAAUCAGAGCUAAGAGGUGGGUCUUAGCAUUGUCAAUCAAGCUUGUGCGCGGAUUCUGUUUUUUUUUUGUUUUUUUUGCCUGAUUCUUCUGAGAAUCAGAAAAUGUCUAAAUUGCUUAAGCACCAUCUAGAUGGAAAUCUAGUCUAAAAUCUUAAUCUACAGGAUAAAUUUGGGACGGGCUAAAGCUCCAGUUUAGGUGCUUUAGCCUAAACUAGCUAACAAGAAAGAAAUCCUGUAACAAGAAAGAAACAUUUAUAAAAUUAUUUUCAUAUUCUAACUACAUAAUUGACAUAGAUUUAAGAAUGUUUAUUUAUUUGAAUUUUGACAAAGAUAGACACCAAAUUUUCUUUUGUUUGGCAGAAAUGUAUUUAUCUCCCCAUCUGAAAUGGCCAAUGGCGUCUUACAACUUCAUUUCAUUUCUUUUUGUUGGCCCUAAUCCUCUUCCAUAAUUACGGUUAUUGACUGACAUUGUCACAGUUUGCUUAAUUUUAGAAACCUUUGAAAUUAUCCUUACUGCUAAUGAAGUGACCAGAAACUUUCUGUUUCCUCUGGAUAUUAGCCAGCAGCUCUCAUUGAUGCUUAGCAGCGAACUUUGCUCACAUUCACAGGUCGUUUACUGUCUUAUCGCCUUUGCUUUUACGCCCUUGAAUCAAACGACCACCGUUCUCUUGUGCGCCAUCGCUGAAUCGGAAAGCUGCUUCCUGUACUAUCAAAAUGGCGGCGUGGCACCUGGAUGUAGGAGGUGUGACGUCAUGCGGGAACUAUCUAUACUCCGUUUGCCACCUUUCUCUGUCUUCUGGACAGAUUUCCACUCCUGGAACUGUUGAGAUGCAGAACUUUGUGCACAAAAAGCCCCAGAGGUCAUGAUGAAGGGGCAAACCGGGGUUACCGAGCUGCAUCCUGCCUCUUUAGACUCAGGGUGGGUAGACAGGUUUUCUCCCAUUCUCACGGAUAUAACAAGGGGAGGAAUGUAACCACCUGUGUCACCACUGGAUGACGGUGGUGCUAGACGUUUCUGUUCAGUGUUUUUAUCUCUGUCACAGUAUGAAAAUGUCAGGCAGGAUGUGAACGUUUGGCCUUUGCUUCCUCCUGCGGCUGCAGAGGCAGCAGCCGCGUCUCAGGGUUCCUACACAGCCUGGAGAUUAUUUUUAUGGAGAUUAGCGAUGGAAAGGUUUGGGAACAUAUGAAGAAAUAAGAGUAUGGAAAGAUAUUUGUAUUUAUUCCAUAUUCCAUUGUUGAAUCAAGGUUGCAUCAUACAAUCAUCUUCCAUUUCUUUCAUUUGUUUUCAUCCGUUCUUGUUUUCCAUUCUUCCUUAUUCCUUCUUUCCUCUGUUCAUUCAUUUCUCUUCCUUCCAUUUUUCAUUUUUCUUCCGUUCUUCCUUCCACUACUCCUUUCUUCCUCUCUUCAUUUAAUUGUUUUUCUUCUUGCUUUCCUUCCUUCCUUCCACGUAUUAAUUUCUGUUGAUACUUCUGAGCAGAAACGGACUGAGGACUCUUGAAUCUGCGUUGGGAUUUAGCUGAACGCUGUGUAGAAACCCUGCUGUCUGUCUUCUUCUAUGAUGUUCUGUUCUGGAAUGGAGAAAGAAAGAAGACACAGGAGGACAAAAAGGAAGAUGCUUUUGUUUUGUGUCCAGAUGCUGAAAUGAAAAUCAAAGACGAAAUUCAGAAAACAUUUUUAAACUGCUGUUAUUUUGUUGUUGUUUUUUUGUAUUUUUUUUUUUUAACUGUGUAGAAACACAAAAACAAUUUGCUUGGAACGUCACCAAUGCCUUCACGGGGUUCUUAAAGGGAUGUUGUGCCAUCCACUUUUUAUUGUUGUUGUUAUUCUUAUUAAUAUUAAUUUAUUUAAUGACUGAACUGAAAACACAGAAUGUUUGUAAAGUAAAGAGACUCUUCCAAAAACGCAGCGUGGACGAGGAACGUGUAUAAAAGCAAAGCUUUCUGAUGACAUACUGAAUAUCUCAAUAUAAGUGUCACUCCAGUGCAUGACAUAGAUGUACAUAAAAUAGAAAAAAACAUGAUCAAACACAUUGAACAGUACUGUAUCCGUCCCAGUUUACCGCAUUUAGAAUCACUUGUCUCAGUUUUUCUUAUUUUUAACCUUUUUCUGUAGAUAUUUAUGGUAAUAUUAAGAACAGAAAUCGUUUGGUUUUAUAGAUGAACAAAGACAAUGAUAGUAAUUUUUUUAUAUACUCCCAAAGUUGAGCUGCAGCUGCAUUUUUUUUCUAUAGGUGUCGAUAUUACCAUAACUAAUCCUGGUGUAAUUGUUGUCGUGAUCAUGUUCACGUUUUUUCUUGCGAGAAGCAAAAAGGGGCCCACUGUUUACUGUAAGAACAUAGAACUAUAACAAUAGCUGAUGAAUCUGUUGUCAGGUGUGGUGUGUCUAAGACAUCAAUGACUAUUAAUAAGGGGAUCGUUAAUAACUGUUAAUGAUUUAUGUACGUGUGUCGAGCGGUAAAGUCUAGUUAUAAUGCCACUUUCUUUUUAUAAAAAAAAAAAAUUAAGAUAAAAUGACACUCCAAGCAAGCCACCCCGCCUGACCUCUGACCCCCUUCCUUUGGACUCUCUUUGGAGAAAAACCACAAUAAAAAUAAAGAAUCUAUAUAUAUAGAUAUUUAUAUAUAUAUAGGCCACUGGAAUGUAAACACUGGUUUACUUUUCGUUUUGGUUUCUUGGGUUUUGCGAGGAUCAAACUGCCGAAGGAUGCAGCAUGCAGGCAGUGGACAGAAAGACGGAGGGAUGACGGGACGGGCCCCCGACUGAGCUGCUGUGGCCCCCAGAGCCCUCACAGCAGCCCGUCUGAAGCAAUCAGUGUUCACGCAAAGGGUUUUAUUUACUACUCUGGGCAUGAUGCUCUUUUUUCUUUUUUUUUUUUUUUUGUUUUUGGAGGAGGAGGAAGAUAAUCACCCUGCAGUUUGUAUGACUCAGAAACACCAGCUCAAGACAACGCCCCUCUGUGUAACACUAAUACUUUAUGCUCGGUUGGAAUCUCAGUGCAUGCGUAAACUCCUUGUAAAAACUAAGAUUGUGGGCUUUGGGACGGCGUGGACGUCGAUGUGGUUGCUUGUUCGCCUCUCGCUUCGGAAAAGGACGACGCAGGCUCAUUGGGUCGAGGUGUUUUGGGGGCGUCGGGGGUUUUAUGGGGUGGGGAAGGGGUGAGACUAAUCACUGGACAUAAGCUUGAGGAGGGAACACAAGAUGGGAUGAUGUGUGUCGUUGGAAAUGGGAAACAAGGGGUGGAUUUAAAAAAUGAUUUAAAAAAAGAUAAUAAAUUGAUAUUAACACAUUAA